UAGUGGCAGAUCGCUACAAUCCUGGAGGGAGCCGGGUCGAAUGAGCUGUUGGGGUUCCCAAAUAAUAUCGGGGACAAACAGACAGACAAAAACAGACACACAGGCGGAUGGACGGAGAUAGGCAAGUGUUCCGAUAAAACGCGACACCAUAAUUCGGAUUUCAGUAGAUACGCUUUCUUAUUUCCGUUUGGGGUUUUUUUUCGGUUUUUAGUCUGAUUUUUUUUUUAUUAUUUAUUUACCCGCUGUAUUUAUUUAUUAGUUUAUCUAUCGAUUGAUUGCGUUUUAAUUACUGCCUUGUGACAGAGAGCGAGGAAGGAGGAGCGUCAGGGCCAAGCGCGCGCGCGCGUUGUGUUUGUGUGUAUAUGUGUGUGUGCGCGUGUGUGUUUGUGUCCGUUCAGCCUUUUUUUGUCCCACUUGUUUAUUUGGAAGCCUUUAAUGAAGCUGUUUUAAUUUAAAGAAGAAGAAAAAAACGCGCGAGCCGCCGCUUUUUGCCCACGCGGAUGAAUGUCUUACAUGUAGCCUUCAUGCAAAGGGAAGAAGAGAAGGAGCGCGUGCAGCUAGAGACCAAAUACAGUAUAAACCAAACCAAAUAGUGCAGAAAUCCAAAUAAGACUUUCUAACUCUGCUGGCCUUGUUUUUUCCACUGUCGAGCGCGUUGAUAUGCGUCCUUGUUGUGCUGUUUUAAACUGCAAAGCGAAUACCAAAGCCAAGCCCGGCCGGUGAUGCUACAGGAAUAGGCUAGCGACUGUUCUCAUGCCUCCUCACACCUACAGGAAACGUUAACUGGUGAGGAGCGAGAGAGGAGUGUGGGGGGAUAAAAUAAGCUCCCGGGCCUCUAUGUUUACUCAAGGAAAACGAUAUAGCAGAGCAAAGGUAACAGAGAGACGCAGGUGCAUCGACGACAGACAGGUGACACGCAGACUUGUGUGUUUUUAUUAUUAUUAUCAAAGCUUACUUACAAUAGGUCUGCAAUUGUAACACAACUUUUCCUGUAGCCUGUAGAAGUGAGCUCUGAUCUCCGUUCUGUCCGUCUGUGUGUUGGUCUGGACUGUAAGAUAACUGCUGCACUCAAGGGACCAUCCUACAUAAAUAUAUAUAUAUAUAUAUCUAAAUAUAAAUACUAUGUUCUAUGCACAUUUACACCAAAACAAAAGCCGAGCACCAGUCUACAGAUGUAAAUAAAGUGCGCAGCUGGGGCUACAUGUGUACACACCUAACGGCGAAUGUUCUGAGCUCUCCAUACCAAAUAUUGUCCAAAAGCUGUCUGCCAGAGAAACGGACGAAAGUGCAGGAGCUUCAGAGGACGACAGAGCUUGUUACAGUACAUCUGACAGAUUAUUUGCAUCAAAACACGAAGCCGGAGGAAGAUCAUGUUUGUUCCUUUGCCGGUGCCGUUCGUGUUUCAGAGAGCUACCCCUGACCUCAACGCCUGGCGUCUCAAAUCCCCUCUGGCUCUCCGCUCCAACUCCGAUAUCAGGAUGUCAAAGCCAGGAGAGGCUGAAAAAGUCGGGGCUGACUCACCAUUGGAGGGCACAGAUUCAGAGCGGAAUGGACCAGAAUCAAAUCAUCAGACUCAGUCAAUGAAAGCCUGUCCUUUUCCUCUGUCACCAAACCUGAGCAGCACCAAGAAUAAGAUGGAGGAGUGUGCUGACAUGUCCCCAGCCCUCCCUUCCUCUCACGGCCCGACCCCCUCACAGACUGCUCUGCAACACACACAGCUCAUGUUGACCGGCUCCCAGUUAGCAGGGUUGACAGCUCUGUUGCCGGCGCAGCAGCAGCUGUUGCUGCAGCAGGCUCAAGCGCAGCUCCUGGCUGCAGCUGUGCAGCAGUCCAAUGCAGCCCAUGCAGCUCACGCUGCCCACGCAGCCGCCCAAGCCAAUCAGCAAGCUCAGGCAGCUGCAGCAGCCAAUCAGCAAGCCCAGCAGCAGCAGCAGCAACAACAACAACAGCAGCAAGUGGGUCAAUCGGGGCAGCAGACUCAGUCGCAGUCCCAGGGACAGAGUACACAGGAGCAGAGCGCCCAAAGCGUCCCUGUCCCACCUCCUCCAUCCCAGCUCACCCUCUCCCAGCCAAUCCAGCUCACUGCCCAGGACAUUCAGCAGCUGCUGCAGCUACAGCAGCUGGUGUUGGUCCCCGGCCACCCGCUCCCGUCUCCUGCCCAGUUCCUCCUUCCACAGGCACAGCAGAGCCAGCAAGGACUCCUAUCGACACCAAAUCUUAUUCCGCUACCUCAGCAAAACCAAGGGAGCCUGCUCUCUGCUCCGACUAGAAUGGGGCUUCAGGCACAGCGAGAUAAGGGUGUGGAGGUGAGUGGUGGAGGUGUGACCACGGUGCCUUCCGUGACCUCUCACCCCGAGGACCCCAGUGACCUCGAAGAGCUGGAACAGUUUGCCCGCACUUUCAAACAAAGACGCAUCAAACUAGGCUUCACACAGGGAGAUGUAGGCUUGGCCAUGGGGAAGCUGUACGGCAAUGACUUCAGCCAGACCACCAUCUCCCGCUUCGAAGCCCUCAACCUGAGCUUUAAGAACAUGUGCAAGCUGAAGCCACUGCUGGAGAAGUGGCUGAAUGAUGCAGAGACCAUGUCCAUAGACAGCACCCUGCCCAGCCCCAGCUCCCUGUCCUCACCCUCUAUGGGCUUCGACGGCGUUCCCUCGCGCCGCAGAAAGAAGAGAACCAGCAUCGAGACGAAUGUACGUGUGGCCCUGGAGCGCUCUUUCAUGACGAACCAGAAGCCUACCUCAGAGGAGAUCCUGCUGAUCGCCGAGCAACUCAAUAUGGAGAAGGAGGUGAUCCGGGUCUGGUUCUGCAACCGCAGGCAAAAAGAGAAGCGCAUUAACCCGAGCAGUGCCACUCCUCCUCUGCCCAACCAGCCCCCCACAGCCCCACCAGCGCACAAGCCACCCUGCUACAGCCCUCACAUGAUGUCCAGCCAGAUGUCACAGGCCGUGACGAGUCUCAGCAGCACAUCGGUGACCACCAUGUCCUCCGUCUGCCCUCUGACUUCCAGCCUCACCUCCAGCCACCCCUCUCUCAGCUUAACCCACACCCCACUCAGCUCCACUCCCUCCCCGGCAACUCCACCUCCUCCACCUAUUCCUCCCCGCAGCACAGCCAGCCCGGCCACCCCCAGCCACAGCACACUCAACCUUAACACAGGCUUAUGGCGAAUGGGUAAAAAGAAUGGUGACGUGUCUAACUACAUCACCGAUUUUGCUGCAAACUUGAGGAACACUGUGAUGGGAGUUAACACAGGGAUGAAUCAAGCCCUCCUCGGUAACAAUCCCCUGGCCACUAUCCAAGCCCUAGCAGCCAGUGGUGGCCACCUACCUCUUUCCACUCUUGAGGGUGGGAGCAAGGUGAUGCUGGGGGCAUCCGGGGGUCAAGGGGGGGGCAUCCCCUCCUCCCUCUUCCUCAACCACCCCGCCCUCCUCCACAUGGGCCAGAAUCCCAACGCCGGACUGGUCAGCACCGUGGUAGCCAAAGUCUCCCAGUCCUCGCCCUUCCCCUCGGCCAGCAGCAUCAGCCCCACACCCUGCUCCCCCUCUCCCUGCUCCAGCCCCGCCUCUUCCUGCUCCUCCAGCGAAAUGGCACACAGCCCGCCCUCUCUGGGCGGGGCCAAGAUCGAGUGACCCCCAACAAGGGCCAAUCAGAGAGGAGGAGGAAGGAGGAUACUAUAACCUCGCCUUUCACACCAAAGCUAUCUCUUUCUCUCUCUUGUGCUCUUCUUUCGUUAUUUUUCUUUUCCUCAAUGGCUCUCUCUCUCCUUCUCUCCCAGUCUUUCGAUGCCAAAAAUACACAGAAUGAAAGAGGAGAGAUGGAGGGAAAGAGGUGAAAGAGGGGAGAAGGGAGAGAAAGGAGAAGAUUGAAACCAAAAAUCUUUAUCUAUCCAAAAAAAAAAAAACCAAACAAAGAUGGAAAGGAGGCAACGUGGGACCUUUUUGUCAAGAACACGUGAUGUCGACACGGCACCUCUCCACUCUUUCUCUUUGAAGGAAAGCAAAUCGAUGACUCUUUAACAAAGAGAUGGUAGAGGUGCUCGUCGAAGUGCAUAAACCAAAAAUGACAAAAGAAAAACUUUACUAUAUGACAAAGGAAUGGCGCAAGGACAAAAAAAAUGAAGAAGAGGAGGACUUUGCUUUCUUUUUUUAUUGUUGUUAUUAUUAAUAAGAAAAGCUGCGGGUCUGAAGGAAGAGGAGUGGGGUGGAUACGUUUAAACCAAAAAUUUACCUGAGGAGGCGGCGGAGGAGGAAUACACAAUGACAAAAAACAAAAAAAAUCCCAAAAAAUCGACAACCAUACCAAAAUCACAAAUACCAAAAACCAAAAAUACGGAGAGAAAAGCUUUAUUCAAAGGACGUGUAAAUACUGAAGCUAUCCAGGACCAGGACUCUACUGCUACUUUCACACAACAUACAUACACACACACACAUGCACACACACGCCCAUCCAUUCUGCAUCGACUCAUCAUGUCUGCGUCUGCUCAUGUGUUUCCUAUAGGUUUGCAUGUUGGAUUACUUUGAGUGAUUUUCAAAUAUCUGCUGUGUAAAAGCUCAUAUAUGAUUGUAUGAUAUGUUUGUCAGCCCUGCUGUAUCUUCAUGUGUGUUUAAGUCUCUUUACCUACCUCUGGUCGCAAGAGCAUAGGAUAGUUUGACUUUAACUUCAUAGCAGGCCUGACAUGUUUUACACUUUGAGAAGAUUUUUUUCUUUUCUUUUCUUUUUUUUUUUUUGUUAACUAUUUAUUAGUGCCAUUAUGAACGGUUUAGCUGGUAUUUAUUUUGUAUGCUGUUGUAGUGUUAGCUUUGGAGUGUGAGUCAUUGUCAUUGUCAUCGUCAUCUUCAGGGUUUCCGCCAGAACAGAGAACAAAAAGCUGUCGGGUCCAGCUGGGGAUUUAAGGUGGCACUCGGUUAAAGGUGGCGCUCAAUGGCUCCUCGCCCGCCGUCAUGCACGGCCUACUGGCAGGACAGCAGGACUGUGUAGGUGCGGCUUUUGCUAUUUCUGUGCCGAUGGUGAGAAAACGGGAGAAAGGGAGGCACAGUGCAUUUCUCUCUCCUCUUAACAUGAAAAUAAAAUAAUGUAGGCUAUACCAGCGGGAGAGCGCGGUUAACCUUGUUUACAUAACCAAAAAAAAA